AUGGAAACAGACAACUCCCCAUGCCCAGAUAAAGACCCUCAACCGCAAUCUUCGUCAAAUCCCCACAACUUUGAGUCUCUCCUUCUCGAGCGCUUCAACCAGAAGGACAGGAAAAUCCGCUUCUUGAGCUACGCGGGCGGAGGAGGCGCCGGCCACGUGUUUAAAGUACGUAUUGCUGACAAGCAAUAUGUCUUGAAGAUUUUCAAGUUCGACCAUCCAGAGUUGAACGUCUCCCGACUCCGGGGAACGAACCGAAGAUACCUCCUCGACCCUUUCUUCAUCGAAUGCCGCGCAAACGGCUCGCUGAUCCAACAAGGCCUCAACGGCCAGAUCACUCCAUUCUGCUACGGUUGGGUAAAGAUCCCAGCGAGAGCAGAAAUCUAUUUAUCUCGGAAGUUUGAAAUCCAUCCUUUAACGUGGAACAGACCUCCUUCAGCGGCCGACCAAGAUAUGCCAGGUAUUCUGUUUGAGUGGAUCGAUGGGCACCCACUCUGGCGGGUCCGACUAAGUCGAGAUAUUGCAGAUCAAAUACGCGCAAAGCUCAAGGCCUUGCAUAGCGCCCGAGUCGCGCACGGGGACCUCCGCGCAUCGAAUAUCUUGGUUCAGACUCUAGAGUCUAAAGUCUACCUCAUCGACUUGAGCGCGUCAAUCACACAUCCACACAUUCGAUUCUCCCUGGAGAAAAUGCAAGAGAACCAGCGAGAUGAAGCGCAGGGCCUGGAAACUGGACUAGCUCUACUUUCCCAGAUUCCUGUCAACAAAAAUCUCAGCGUUGCGAACUUGUCUUCUUCAGACGAAGUGUCUCUGGAAAGGCUCUUCGCUGAAUCAGAGUAUAUCAAACAUCUCUGGGUCCCGCCGCAACCAACUUGCUGGUAA